ACCAUCCAUUUGAAGUCACUUCUUCUUCUUUUCUAGGACACUUGCAAAUAGAAGGCUUGUGGAUUGACGUGGUAUCCAAGUAAUAGAUAAGGGGACAGUCCCAAAACCGCUUUUCACCCGCUGUCAGAAAUUCUUUGGCAAAACAUGUGUAGUCGAUUACCUUAGGAAGCAUUCUAAAAAUGCAAGUACCUGCACAGCACUGGAGUCCGUAAGCAGUAUGAAUACAUUAAUGGGGAAGCCAACUAAGUUUUUUCUUUGUACUGCACUUAGUUCUAGUGCAAAAACCAUGAAUUGGCAUUUGGGUAUUCAAAUACAUGCUUAUAUGAUUCGAUCUGGAUAUGAAGAUAAUUUGUUCCUUAGUAGUGCACUUGUUGAUUUCUAUGCAAAAUGUUUCGCUAUUGUGGAUGCAAAGAAGGUAUUUAGUGGCAUGAAAGUACAUGAUCAGGUGUCAUGGACUUCACUUAUUGCCGGAUUCUCAAUGAAUGGACAAGGAAGAGAUGCCUUCUUGUUAUUCAAAGAGAUGUUAUGCACCCCAAUUAAGCCUAAUUGUUUUACCUUUGCUAGUGUCAUUAGUUCCUGUGUGGGGCAUAAUGGGACCCUUAAAAAUUGUUCAAGUCUUCAUGGUCAUGUCAUCAAAAGGGGAUUUGAUGCUAACAAUUUUGUGGUCAGCUCAUUAGUUGAUUGUUAUGCGAAUUGGGAACAAAUUAAUGAUUCUGUAUUAUUAUUUGAUGAAACUAGUGAGAAGGAUACUGUUGUAUACAAUUCUAUGAUCUCUGGAUAUUCUCAAAAUUUGUACAGUGAAGAUGCACUGAAACUAUUUGUAGAAAUGAGGAAAAAGAAUCUGAGUCCUACUGAUCAUACUUUAUGUACUGUGUUAAAUGCUUGCAGCAUCCUUGCAUUGCUCUUCCAAGGAAGACAAAUACACUCUGUUGUUAUUAAAAUGGGUUCUGAAAGGAACGUGUUUGUGGCCAGUGCUUUGAUUGAUAUGUAUUCAAAGGGUGGCGAUAUUGAUGAGGCCCGAUGUGUGUUAGAUCAGACUUCUAGGAAGAAUAAUGUGUUGUGGACAUCCAUGAUCAUGGGCUAUGCACAAUGUGGGAGAGGUUCAGAAGCUUUGGAACUUUUUGAUUGUUUAUUGACCAAGAAAGAGUUUAGUCCUGAUAAUAUCUGCUUUACUGCUGUCUUAACAGCUUGUAAUCAUGCAGGAUUUCUUGACAAAGGAGUGGAAUACUUUAAUAAAAUGAGAACAAGUUAUGGCUUGUCUCCUGAUAUAGAUCAAUAUGCUUGCUUGAUUGAUCUUUAUGCUAGAAAUGGAAAUCUAAGAAAGGCAAGGGAUCUAAUGGAAGAAAUGCCCUAUGAUCCGAAUUAUGUUAUAUGGAGUUCCUUCUUGAGUUCUUGUAAGAUUUAUGGAGAUAUAGAACUUGGGAGGGAGGCUGCUGAUCAGCUCAUUAAGAUGGAACCGUGUAAUGCAGCACCAUAUUUAACACUAGCACAUAUCUAUGCCAGAAAAGGUUUAUGGAACGAAGUAGCUGAAGUCAGAAGGCUUAUGCAACAAAGGAGAAUAAGAAAAUUUGUAGGAUGGAGUUGGGGUUAGAUAAGCAGAUUCAUGUCUUUGCAGUUGAUGAUGUAACUCAUCAACAAUCAAAUGAAAUUUACAUCAAGUUUGACAAGAUUUUUUAGGGAAUUGUAGAAGCAUCAUCUUAUGUAACAAAGGAUAGCUACAUUUCAAGCAUAGAUUUACUUGCUUCAAAUAUGUAUAUCCCAAUUUACAAUGAAAGACUUGGAUACUUCUAAGCCGUUAAUCAUUG